CCGAAGUUCCCAGCUCGAGUUUAUCUGUGCUGGUCAGACAGAUUGGCGGCAUUCGUCGUCUUUUUUUAGCCGUCCAUAUAGUAAAGACAUUUCCGCAAACGAAAUUGCACGUGAAGGUGAUUCUUUAUUGGACAUUUCGUGUAAUCAGCUUGAUUUCAAUUUUUAUUUACUGCACCUGGAUUUUCCAUAUUUUAAAUCAAAAUGACCAUGUUAAUCCACGAGAUCUACUUAAUCAUAUUGAUCAUUGCAUUUUCUCGGCUUACCAAAGCUGCAACAUGCCAGAGGCAACUUCUAAGAGCCAAUGGAGUUACUCCACAAGAAAAGCAAAUUAUAAUAGACCAUCAUAACAAAAUGAGACAGAGCGUCGCUUUGGGCCAGAUAUGGGGUCAACCGCCCGCUUCAAAUAUGAUGGAAAUGAAAUGGGACGACGAGUUGGCAAAUCGUGCUCAAUGGUGGGCGGCUUCUUGUCACUCGGAAAGACAUGACGAAGGUCGGCAUAACACCAGGUUUCCGGUCGGCCAAAAUAUAGCGACAACGUGGACGACGAAACCUCCAUCCACUUACUCCGAUAUUGAUUCAGAUUUUCCCGACGCUAUUCGCAAAUGGUUCAACGAAUACAAACUCUUUAAUUUUGGAGGAAUCGGUCGAGGACGAACAGGGCAUUAUACACAGAUGCUAUGGGCUGAGACCAAUCUUAUAGGAUGCGGAUUUGCCUUUUAUUACGACCCGUCGAAAGGAUACACAAAAAACUACGUAUGCAAUUAUGGCCCAGGAGGGAACGUUUUGGGUCAGACUCCGUAUGAAAAGGGGCACCCCAGCUGUAAUCAAUACGGUUUGCUUGAAUCGAGCCACUAUUCUGGACUAUGUUCAAAGCCCACGGACUACUAUUUUGGAAUAUCAAAUUUUAUUCUGGACAGGCUCUCCCACUAAACAAAUAUCAAUUACGUUGGCGAUCAUUACUUGAAUGUACCUAAAUGUAUUUAAUGUGUUGUGAUUGAGUGUGUUCAGUUAACAUGUUUAGAACUAAAUUGAUGGAGUGAUGGAGUACCGGGACAAUGGGAAAUUAUAUUAAAUACGUUGCCCGAUGUAGUUUGUAGAUGAAAGAGGCUGAAAGUUUUAAUAGAUUUGUAGGAUUAAUUUACCAUUCUAUAGUAGUGGUAGGCCUAUCGUGGCAAAUUUCUAGAUGUCUACUAUAAAUAUAUUGUGAAAUCUAUCACCAGUGAUUUAGUAUCAAUGAUAUAUUAUCUGUAUACCUAGGCAUUUUCCUCCAAUUUAAAAUGGGCCAAACUUUAUUACCGAAUUUUGUAAAUUUUGUAAAUAAGAUUUAAUUCCAUUCGUAGAAUGUAUGUACAUUUUAAUUAAACUAAUUCAAUAGUAUUAUAGAAUUAGUAACCUUUGUUAAAAUACAGACGUAAACUUAUCAAAAUAAAUAAUAUUUUUACA